CCACAGCUAGUCCCGGGCUUCAGACGCGCAUUCAGUUGGACGACAGCACAUGUAUGGUCAGUUGCUCUCUGAAUCGGACACUUACUGCCUGACAAACCAACACAAAAACACACACAGAUAUAAAGUCGCUGGGACACUGGGAUGUCCCUGCUCUGAGACUUUUAGGGAUUUACCAUCGCUUUGCUGCCAAACAAGCAUACAUCCUCCCAGUGCAACCAUGCCAGUCCUCAAGAACCUCCCGUCUCGGCUAAAGGGAGGCAGGUUUAGCGUGGAUUUGGAGACUACGCGGAGCGAGUUUAUUCUCAGAAAAAUGAGCCUUAACCACAAUCCAUUCGAGGAGCCUGGCUCAGAUGAGGACUGGCCCAGAAGCAACGGAGGCUCACUGCUAGAUGGACGUGUGCCCCGGGACAGAAACCCGUUUGAGGAUGAGGAAGAUGAGAACGAGGCCAAUGAGGUGCGACGUGGAGGAUCGGGGAAGGGAGGCUCCAUCAAAGGCACACUGGAGCGCAUGAAGGGGGUCUCACCCCUCAAAACUCUGGGCAAACUGGGAAAGAACCUGCGCCUGUCUAGCAGGAGCAAAGGCAGGGAGACUCCGUCCCCACAGGGCUCUAUAGGUUCAGCCUCGCCCAUGGAGAGGAAGAAGAAGGGCAGACGGAGUUCAGAAGGAAGCUUGCUUCGAAUGGCCGGAAGGUGUAAAGAUCGUAAAGAGAGUUUGACCAAUGGUGAACUUUGUUCAGAAACUGAUGCUGACUCCACUAGUCGUCGUCUAUCCUUCUUGAAGAUGGUGGGCAAGGGCAAGAUGAAGAGGGAGUCCCUACAGGAUCACUCAUCGCAGGGACCAGAGGAAGAGCCGGUGGAGGAGGUGCCCGAGGUCAAACCCAGAGAGCCACUGUCAGUAUUGGAAAUCCUGCAGUUGGUGACAAAACGUGAUUUGUUUUUGGCUGACACUCACAUUCUGGAACUGGAGCAGGAGUGCAGAGAGGCCGAAUCUCCGACGGCAGGAGGGACGGAGGAUUUCAGCAGCCCCAGCAGCAAAGACAGCAGUCGGCGCAAAGCCAAAGACGUGGAGCUGCUGUACGAGGCGCUGCAGAAAGAGCUGUGGGACGUGGUGAGGGAUUCUCUGCGCUGCCCCACCGCUGGGCCAAACCUGGGCCUGGUGGUGCAGGUGCUCCAGCAGGAGGAGCAGGCAGAUCGGGACUGGGCUCAGAGCGAAGGAGCCGCUCCUGGAGGUCCGCGGCCCAGGGAGUUUAGGAAGCGCUGGAAAGAGGCGGUCGUUGAGUUGGCCGAUGCAAACUUACCCCAGCAUGCAGAAGCUCGGGCAGGUGAGCUCGCCACCUUUCUGGAUAAACUCCGAGUGCGUAUGGUGGAGGACCUUGGAGCGGCCCGCCGUAAUGCGGUGUCUGUAUAUCCUGCCGAAUAUGACUCCUUCCAAGUGUACACACAGAGCUACCAUCAGGCCGUGACUCGCCGACUCCAGGCUCUCACCAACGGAGAUCUGCAGAUCACUGACAUAUACUCGCUGCUAGACUGGCUCUACAACAUUUAUAACAGAGAUGUCCUUGGAACAGUCACUAUAACAACACCCAUUAACCUCUCGCAGCUCGGCCCGCUGCUGCCCACAGAGACGGUGGACAAACUGGAGCUCGACUGCCUCAACUCCGUCAGGGGGAAAGUGACCAAUGAGCUCUCUCAGGUUCUGGAGGAGGAGGAGAAGAGAUGGCUGGACACACUGAACAUCGAGGAGUAUCAGAUACCCCUGGCUCGCACAGUUAUUCAGAGGCUACAGGAGGAUCUUGAGAGAUCUGCGGCUGUAAACAGACAUUUGGGUUCACGGGUUGCACAGUGCAGUCUCAAUGGACUGGCAGAUUUUCUGUACAGUUUUCAGAGGAAGGUGGAGAUGUUCCAUGAGAUGCUGGUGAGCAGCUUUGGAGAAAAUGAAGAUGGUUACAUCGCUAAAACCAUUGCCCUUGCCAACUGCUGUCCAUCGUUCAGGAGCUUUGUGCAGCGCUGCGGCCAGUGUGACCCCUCGACCAGCGAGGACUCCAUCCGGCGUGCCAACAGCGCUCUGGACAGGAUAGUCAACCUGAGUGUGCGAGUGCUGAACGACAGGCUUUUCGAGCAUAUCAGGCCCUUCUUUGAUAAGCUGAUUAAACGGAAAUGGCUGAGCAACACUGAGCCUUUUGAGCAGAUUGAGGCACUCAUUAAAGAGCACUUCAAGAAGUUUCGCAGGAUGGACAACCCACCUUAUGAGGUCUUGGUGGUGGAGGUGCACCGGCGUGUGAUGACGGAAUAUGUGCGGGCCAUUAUGAGGGGCAGAAUCAUCUGCACUUCUCUCAAAAUGAGGAAGAGGAUGGCUGGACGCCUUCGGGAUGAAGGAAAGCACCUAAAAACACUCUUCAAAGAGCUGGAAUCUUCAGCCUCCUGGCUCGACAGCGCUAUUCCUCACCUUUCAGAGAUCAUUCUCUUGGAAGACACUCCCUCCAUCCAGAUGGAAGUUGGCGUGUUGGUACGGGAAUUCCCGGACAUACGAAGAAAGCACGUCUCUGCCAUACUCAACAUCCGCGGAAUGACCCGGCAAACCGAGAGGCAGGAAAUCCUGAAUAUAGUGAAAGACAUCGAGAACAGCGACAGCGUGGCCCGAGUGUCCCGGGACAGGGCUCUGUUCGCCGAGGUGCCGGUGACGUCAGAAGUGCACUGUCUAAAUCUAGGCCUGAGCCGUGUGGCCCUCACUGCCUCCAACCUCUUUUCCAGCAUGCGGAGAAGAAGGACUCCGACCAGGGAAAACCACGACGAUGUGCUGUAACUCAUCUCACAGAGCACUGGAACAAUGAAUUUACUAAAAUGUCUGCUAGUGGUGUUGUCUUUUCAAAUGGACCUAAAUAAAGACAUCGUAUAGAGAUGC